GGGGCGGGCCGGGGCGGACCGGGACGGGCCGGGACGGGGCGGGCAGGGCCGGGGUCGCUGCUGCUGCCCGCCCUCCUGGUCUGGGCGAGCCUGGGCCCGUCCGUGGGCCAGCCGCCCCCCGCGGGGGCCGGGGAGGACGCCCGGGCCUCCUGCGGGCCGGACAGCUGCUACGUGGCUUUCUUCCGCCGCCGCAGCUUCCUGGACGCCUGGCUGGGCUGCCGGGACCUGGGGGGCAACCUGGCCACCCUCAAGACCCCCGAGGCGGCCCGGCGGGUGGCCGGGCUGCUGCUGCGGGGGGGGGCGGCGGGGGGCGGGCCCGGCCGGCCGGCCGAGGAGCCCCCGGGGCUGCUGUGGAUCGGGCUCCAGCGCCAGCCGCGCCAGUGCCACCCGCGAAGGCCGCUGCGGGGCUUCACCUGGGCCACGGGCGACCAGGACACGGACUUCACCAACUGGGCCGAGGCGGAGGCCGGCCCGGGGCCCUGCCCGGCCCCGCGCUGCGUGGCCAUGGAGGCGGCGGGCGAGCUGCGCUGGCUGGAGGGCUCCUGCACCCUCCCCGUGGACGGCUACCUCUGCCAGUUCGGCUUCAAGGGGGCCUGCCCGGCCCUGGCCCCCGAGCCCGGCCAGCGCGGCCCGGCCGUCUACACCACGCCCUUCGACCUGGUGAGCUCGGCCCUGGACUGGCUGCCCUUCGGCUCGGUGGCCGACGUGCCCUGCCUGGCGGGCGGCCGGGUCUCGCUGCUGUGCGCCCAGGGGCCCGAGGCCGUGGGCUGGUCCCGCCGGGGCCCCCUGUGCCCGCCCGCCGGCCCGGGGGGCUGCGGCCCGGACAACGGGGGCUGCGAGCAGGACUGCCUGGAGGGGCCCCCCGGACACCCGCCCCGCUGCCGCUGCGCCGAGGGCUACCGCCUGGACGUCGACGGCCGCAGCUGCCUGGACGCCUGCGCCGAGGCCCCCUGCGAGCAGCAGUGCGAGCCCGCCGGACCGGGGCCGGAGCCGGGGGCCGGACCCGGCUACUCCUGCCACUGCCGCCUGGGCUUCCGGACGGCCGACGAGGACCCCCACCGCUGCCUGGACAUCGACGAGUGCCGGAUCGCCGGCGUCUGCCAGCAGAUGUGCGUUAACUACGUGGGCGGCUUCGAGUGCUACUGCCGCGAGGGACACGAGCUGGAGGCCGACGGCGUCAGCUGCCGACCCUUAGGCUCCCCUCCGGAGGAGGAGAAGGAGGAGGAGGAGGAGGAGGAGCCCUCGCCGCCGCCCCCCACCGCCCUGGGGGUGGACGGGCCGCCGGGCCGGAGCCGCAGAGAUGACCGCUGGCUGCUCGUGGCCUUGCUCGUGCCCGCCUGCGUCUUCCUGGUCAUCCUGCUGGCCCUGGGCAUCGUCUACUGCGCCCGCUGCGGCCCCCGCGCCCACAGCAAGAGCGUCACCGACUGUUACCACUGGAUCACAAACUCGGGGGGCAAGGGGGACCCCGAGCCCAAGGGGGUCCGGCCCCCGGGGGCUGCCACCUGCAGAACCAGCGUGUGACGGCGGGGGACCUGGGCGGGGGGCGCGGCCUCGGGAGGACAGACGGACAGACAGACUGCCGGCCCUCGCAUCUCCCCCCCGGGACCUCCC